ACUUCUCAGGGAUUAUAUGUUUGCAACAAGAUGUCCUUUAGGGAGUAUUAAACUAACUUUACUAGAACCUGGAGCAUAUAUUCAACCUCAUGUUGGGGGCCAUAAUCUUAAACUUAGAGCACACCUGCCACUGUUAGUUCCAAGCUUAAACGCCACAGAACCAAGGAACUCUGCUCGGAUGGUUGUAGCUGGAGUCGAGGAGGUUGUGUGGGAGGAGGGGAAAAUUGUCGUCUUCGAUGAUAGUUUUGAACAUGAGAUUUGGAACCUCAGCAGUCAGCCUCGACUCAUCCUUGUCGUGGACCUCUUACAUCCAGAUAUGACCCAGGAACAGUUUGCUGAAGCUGAAGCCAUGUUUAACUUACCUCAGGGUGCACCAGAAACAGGAGUGAAUAUGGCGCCUGUUCAAACUAGUUAGUGAACAGGAAGGACAAUUUCUCCUUUUUAAAGUAGUUUAUGAACAGGGGGAAACAUUCCUUCUGUUCAAAUUAGUUGAUAAAGAGACAAUACAUCUGCUAGUUGUUCAGAAUUUUAAUUAACUACUCACUAGAUUAAAAUAUACUUCUGUGAUACAUUAAUUACUCACUAGAUUAAAAUAUACUUCUGAGAUACAUUAAUUACUCACUAGAUUAAAAUAUACUUCUGUGAUACAUUAAUUCGUUAAGUUUGU